AUGGAGGAACUAGUCACAGUGCAGAAGCCUGGACGCAGUACACGAGCAGGUGUUCCUGCCGACGAGCAACCAGAGUCCACAUACUUCACUCAGGACGAUUACGGGAAACACGAGGAGUUCUAUCUCAUGGCGCUGGACUACAUGAACGAGUGUCUGGAGGAGCUGGAGCCUCACGUGUCCACCUCCCCAUUGGCAAACUCGUCGCAUCAUUUCUGCGCGCCUGCACCGAUUCACACGUCCGCUUUAUGUAAUUUGCCGAGCGUCAAUUGCGAAUCGGCAUGCAAAUUAUCUGAGUUGCGGGAUAAAGCUAAUCGUGCCAUAGCAUCGUUAAAAAGAUUAAAUCGAUCCUCGGAUGAAAUUUUAAGUGACAUUCUAAAUCAUCACGUCACGCAAAAGCUCGAUCCAGCAACCCGUGAAAGCGUGGAGAUUAAAAGUGCAAAGCACGCCGUCUCCGCAUGUCCAAGCCGUUUUUCAUGUCGUCACUGUCAAAAACGACAUCAUUCCAUGCUCCAUCUCGACUCGGUCUCUUCCGCGACCACGACAGUUAAUGCAUCCAAUUCCGAGGCCCCGGCGUCGAUCAAUUCCGAUGAAUCUCCGAAAACAGUAGCAUUAUGCACGAUGUCGGCAAAUCUCGCCCGACUGCCGGUAGUCCUCGCCACUGCACGCGUGUCCGUCGGACAUCUCGCCGGUCGUCAAGUCGUUGCACGAGCAUUGAUCGACACCGGAGCGGAACUCACACUCAUUGCGGCUCAUUUAGCAAAAAAAUUAAAACUGCGUCGGUUCAUACUGCCUACCGCCUUGUCCGCCGUUGGCGGCCUUGACGCGGGCAUACAUCGUUAUGCCGCGCACAUUCAAAACUCAUCAAUCGACGAGUUCGAGCCGCCGGUUAUUACCACAGCGACGAUUCUAAGUUUGCUCGCUAGUUACUCGUCAGCGUCUAUUCAAUCUCCUCUUCAAUGGAAUCAUCUCGCGGAUCUCACUCUCGCAGAUUCAAAUUCUUCAAAUGCAGAUCCCAUUGAUCUAAUAAUCGGCGCUGACAUCUACGCCAAUAUAAUGCAAGAUGGCGUUCGCAGGGGAUCUCGCGGUCAGCCUAUUGCUCAGGAAACAAUCUUCGGCUGGAUCGUUCAGGUCCGCACGCCUCUGUCGAAUUCGUCUCAUCGGACCGUUACGGUGCAACAUUGUACGAUCGCGGAAUCCGUUUCACUUGAUAGCAAAUUGAGAAGAUUUUGGGAAAUCGAGGAAAUUCCGAGGCACACAAUACUCAGCCCGGAAGAGCAGAGAUGCGAGAAUCAUUUUUUAACUUCUCAUUCGCGCACUCCCACCGGUCGGUACGUUGUUCGUCUGCCGUUCAAAAGCGGUCCUCCCAUUGAUAUUGGUACCUUACGCGAUGUAGCGGAGCGAUGCCUCAAGACUUUGCUACGCCGUCUUCAAGCCAAUUCCGAUUUGAAAAGGGAGUACUCAGACUUCCUACAAGAAUAUGAAAAUCUUGGGCACAUGCGCAAAGCUCCAGAAUCUUCAGAAUCUUCUCAGUUCGUCUAUAUUCCGCACCAUCCCGUAAUACGCGAAAGCAGAGCGAGGACUCGAGAGAAUAUUUACGUAGAUGACGUGCUUUUUGGCGCGGACGAGAUUCCGCUCAUCCGUUCGGUUCGCAAUCAGAUAUGCUCCUUGCUGCAACGCGGUUAUUUCGAAUUAAGAAAAUGGUCGAGCAACGCGGUUCACUUAUUAAGCGACAUUGACGCGCAAGAUCAUGGUCUCGCUUGCAGUAAGGAUCUACAUCCGGACGAAACAUUAAAGGUGCUCGGUAUUAGUUGGAGUCCGUCGGCCAAUGCGUUUCAAUUUAGAGUCGUGCGCUCUCCCUUGCCCGCGCGAACAAAACGCGCCAUGCUCUCCUACAUCGCUCGUAUGUUUCAUCCGUUAGGCUUAAGCACGCCAGUUACAAUUUCCGCGAAAAUUCUCUUGCAGAGGCUUUGGCAGCUCCGCGUCGACUCGGACGAUGAGGUUUCCACCGAUAUCGCAAGGCAAUGGGAAUCCGUGCAAUCGUCCUUGCUAGAACUUGACAACUUUCACCUCCUGCGGUGGAUUCAAAAGGGAUCGGACACAGUCGACUGCGAGAUCCACGGGUUUUCAGACGCGUCUAAUUACGCCUAUGCCGCAGCGAUUUAUAUUCGGCUCACCUCUCGCUCGGGCAACAUCUCGACUGCGUUGCUAGUCGAGAAGUCAAAGGUCGCGCCGAUCAAGUCAUUGACUGUUCCACGUCUCGAAUUAUUGGCAGCAGUGGUAAUGUCGCAAUUAAUGAAGUUUGUCAUGGACGCGUUGCACAUUUCCUCCGCUUCAUGCUUUUGCUGGACGGACUCAACCGUCGUGCUUGCGUGGGUAAUACAACAUCCCUCAAAGACUUUCAUUUCAAAUCGGGUUGCCGAGAUUCAAACCCGACUUCCAUCCGCUUCAUGGCGAUAUAUUCCCAUGGACGAAAAUCCCGCGGAUUGUGCGAGGAAUCUUGGGAAGUCAGCUCGUCUCGCAUCCUCUUUGGUGGCACGGUCCCGCGUGGCUAAGGAUGCCUGA